AAUGAACUAUGAAAUAUGAAUGAAUAUUAUGUCACUUUAAAGUUUGCCAGCAGGUAACAAUCAAGAAGUAUCCAGACCUAGAAUCACUUCAAUUUCAAACCACAUUCCUUGCUCAGAACUACAGACAUGUCUGUUUCAAAGAAGACCAAAGAUAUUCGGACGUCAUGGUCCUUUGACUGCGACAUGAAUGAACGAGAUGUGGUGACACCUGCAAAGCGACCGAAGAUAGAAACAGAAGUACUGUCUCUAGACCGAGUGCCACAAACAAUAAAUGUCUUUGAGAAAAAAACGCACAUAAACAGCUUACCGGCUCUUCUCAAAGCUUCCGAACCUCAAGAAGUCUCAGAGUUGUCGAUUAGCCGACAAAAACAAAGAGAAAUAAACGACUGGUUGGAAUAUACAACUGUCAAGGGCAAGCCGUGCGCUCUGAUUCUCUCGGGUCCUUCGGGUUCUGGAAAAACUGUCAGCUUUAAGCUACUUGCUAAAGAGAAGGAGUUUGAAUGUGUCGAAUGGAUCACUCCAGCUGAUCAAGGCGCGGAUGAAAAUAAUAGAUUCACAAAGCAAGGAGAUAAAUUUCAAGAUUUCAUGGUCAGAACUACAAGAUACAGUUCUCUCUUUGAAGAUUGUUGCAGGCGCCUACUACUGGUUAAAGACUUUCCAAAUGUUUAUUUCGACGAUAAAGAUGCCUUUCACGCACUGCUAGAGCAAUACUUUGGGAUGGGCAAAGAACCAAUUGUAUUUAUUUGCACUGAUUCAGGGGGCAUGGGAGCGCUGCAAACCUUAUUUCCACCAAAUGUCAGGGAAAAAUUUGGUAUUUGCCAUAUCAGCAUAAAUCCAGUCACACAAGCCGUCACGAAAAAUAUUUUGAAAAGAGUUUCAUUAGUCUUUAACACCAGAGCCUCCCAAAUGGUACAUGUGUCGCAACAUAUCAUAGAGGAAAUAUUAUCCAACAAUAUCGGAGAUAUUAGGAGCACUGUUAUCAACCUCAUAUUUGCUUCUCUGAAAGUACCUAAUAGACAACUCGAUUGCGAAGGAAGAGGUCGUGGAGAAUCUUUAAGCCUACUUCAUGCCAUUGGACGAGUAACUAAUCCCAAACGCUUGGUUGAAGGAAAUUCAUGGAAGUUUGUACAUGACCCAGAAGAAAUUGCAUACUUCUUCCAAACUCAACCAUCUACCUUCGUACGGUUUUUACAUGAAAAUCAUUUGAAUACCACAAGAGGAAUCGAAGAAGCUAGUGCAGCCACUGAUAUACUUAGCAUUUCUGAUUGUCUUACAUCCGAAUGGAGGGACUCUCAUUUGGGCAAACUUGGAUUGUCGUUUUGUAUCCGUGGGAUAAUGAUUACCAAUACUGAUCCUGUGCCAGGUUGGAAUCCAGUAAGAAAACCACUUAAUGACGAGAAGAUCUGCAGGGAUCUCGCAUCCACUGAAAUCCUCUGGUACAAAGCGUUGAUCAGCCCUAAAUUAGUCUCGACAACAACAUUCAAGGGGCUUGGGAACUGAAGAAAAAACCUUUUAGAAAACUCUGAUUUUUCACAAUUCAAAAACAAAUUGGCGAUACCACAUCAAUGAUCAUACUCCAGUUGUAUUUCGUUCAGAAAUUAUCCUUUUUUUUUUAAAGUUGUUUUUAGGUACGUUUCAUACAGAAAC